AGGCCGGGCCGGGGCAGGCCGGGCCGAGCCGGAGCCGUGCCCGCCCGUCCUGCCCGCUCCGCACCCUGGGCCCGCCCUCUCGCUGCGGGUUCGCGGCUCCGCCCCGCCCGGCGCCUUCCCACGCCCCAGGUGUUCCCCGCCGAGCCGUGCCGCUCCCCCUCGGCAGCAGCAGCCCGGACAGGUCGCGGCGGCGGAGGGGCAGCCCGCUACCGCGGGAGGCAGACGGUGCGCGGCGGUUCCGGGGCCGCAGCAUGGCCCGAAGGCGGGCGCGCCGCCGGCGCCCGGCCCCCUGAGGAGUCACAGCGGGGCUGGCUGCUGGCCGGGCUCCGCGGGACACGGCUCUGGCGCUUCUCCGCGCUCCCGAGCGGGGCAGCCAUGUCCGGAACCAUGAAGUUCAACGGGUACCUGAAGGUGCGGAUUGGGGAGGCUGUGGGUCUGCAGCCCACCCGCUGGUCCCUCCGGCACUCGCUCUUCCGCAAGGGCUACCAGCUCUUGGAUCCUUAUGUCACCGUUAGCGUGGACCAGGUUCGCGUAGGGCAGACGAGCACCAAGCAGAAGACCAACAAGCCCACCUACAACGAGGAGUUCUCCGCCACGGUUACCGACGGCCAUCAGAUCGAGCUGUCCGUCUUCCACGAUACCCCCAUAGGCUACGACGACUUCGUGGCCAACUGCACCUUGCACUUCCAGGACCUCCUGCGCUCCGCGGGCCCUAGCGACAGUUUCGAAGGCUGGGUGGAUUUGGAGCCAGAAGGCAAAGUGUUUGUCGUCAUAACUCUUACAGGCAGCUUCAGAGAAGGCACCCUCCCGAGGGAUCGGGUGUUCAAGAACCUGACUCGGAAGCGGCAGCGGGCGAUGCGAAGGCGAGUGCACCAGGUGAACGGGCACAAGUUCAUGGCCACCUACCUGCGCCAGCCUACCUACUGCUCACACUGCAGGGAGUUCAUCUGGGGUGUGUUUGGGAAGCAGGGAUACCAGUGCCAAGUAUGCACCUGUGUCGUACACAAGCGUUGCCACCACCUGAUUGUUACAGCUUGCACAUGCCAAAACAAUGCUAACAAGACUGAUCUCAAGGUGACUGAGCAGAGGUUUGGAAUCAACAUUCCUCAUAAGUUCAGCGUCCACAACUACAAAGUCCCAACUUUCUGUGACCACUGCGGGUCCUUGCUCUGGGGAAUCAUGCGCCAGGGGCUGCAGUGCAAAAUCUGUAAAAUGAAUGUGCACAUUCGAUGCCAAGCAAACGUUGCACCCAACUGUGGGGUGAACUCAGCGGAGCUUGCUAAGACCUUGGCCUGCAUGGGACUGCAACCAGGCAGCAUCUCCCCCAAUGCGAAACUGGUGUCAAGAUCUACUUUGAGACAUCAGGGAAAAGGCAGCCUGAAAGAUGGCAACAACAUUAGCGAAAGUUCAGCAAGCAAACUUGGGAUUAAAGACUUAACCUUCCUUCGUGUGUUGGGGAAAGGCAGUUUUGGAAAGGUGAUGCUUGCCAAGAUGAAAGAGAGUGGGCAGCUUUAUGCAGUGAAGGUGUUGAAGAAGGAUGUCAUUCUCCAAGAUGAUGAUGUCGAAUGUACCAUGACUGAGAAACGCAUCCUUUCCUUAGCAAGAAACCACCCAUUCCUCACCAAGCUCUACUGUUGCUUCCAGACUCCUGAUCGCCUGUUCUUUGUGAUGGAGUUCGUGAACGGCGGCGACUUGAUGUUCCACAUUCAGAAGUCGCGUCGCUUCGAUGAGGACCGGGCACGCUUCUACGCUGCUGAGAUCAUUUCAGCCCUCAUGUUUCUCCACGAAAGAGGCAUCAUUUAUCGGGACUUGAAGCUGGACAACGUGCUGCUGGACUAUGAGGGUCACUGCAAGCUGGCAGACUUUGGAAUGUGCAAAGAGGGCAUUCACAACGGCAUUACCACAGCCACCUUCUGUGGUACACCAGACUACAUCGCUCCAGAGAUCCUGCAGGAGAUGCUCUAUGGCCCUGAUGUGGACUGGUGGGCCAUGGGCGUGCUGCUGUACGAGAUGCUGUGCGGCCACGCGCCUUUCGAGGCAGAGAACGAGGAUGACCUCUUUGAGGCGAUUCUGAACGAUGAAGUUGUCUACCCAACGUGGCUCCAGCAGGAUGCAGUGGCAAUCCUCAAAGCAUUCAUGACGAAGAACCCCAACAUGAGGCUGGGCAGCCCAGGGCUGGGCGGAGAGAGCGCGAUCCUGCGGCACCCCUACUUCAGAGAGCUGGACUGGGACCUGCUGAACCAGCGCCAGAUGGAGCCACCCUUCAGGCCCCGAAUUAAGUCCAAAGAUGACGUGAGCAACUUUGAUCCUGAUUUUAUAAAAGAGGAGCCCAUCCUGACUCCCAUUGAAGAAGGAAUUCUGCCCAUGAUAAGCCAAGAUGAAUUCAGAAACUUUUCAUUCACAAGCCCAGAACUGCAGCAGUAGCUACAGCUCUGGGAAAGGGCUUUUGAAAGGACUGGGGUGGGGAGGGGGAAGGAAAUGAAACCCAGGUUUACCAGAAAUUUCAUUCUCAAGGAGUAACAGUGCACUGACUUCAUGCAAUGCAGCAGCACCACUGUCAACGUUACCUUAAUGUGAAACUGAAACCUUCCUGUGGUUGUAGGAUUCAUGCAGCUCUUGGAUCAAAUAUUGACGGGGUGGAACAAAGCUGAUCCUGUAGAUAGCUGAUGCAGAGUGAAUUGCAUGCUGAGCUGGUUGGCUCAGCCUGAGCCUCGCUGCUUGCAGUGGAUUCAAGGAGUCGGAGUGAGCUUGGAACAAGUGUCUUGCAGCUCUGAGCCAGGCAGACCUGUCACAACUCCCAUUGUUUGCAAGACUGUUUUGAAGAGUCCCAGCACUGUUCAGCAUUUUGGAGCCACGAUCCAGCACCCCUUGGCCUUGACUGAACCAGACGUUUCCUGCUGACUUUCCCCUGUUUCUUCAGUAUUUAUUUCUUCCUGAAGGACAAAUGAUUCUCUUUGCCACUGUUUAGGCUUCCCUGUGAACUGUUUCAUCGUGCUGACUAGCAGAAGGAAAACCCCAAAUGCCCCUGUGCCCCAUGCAGGUCCUUCCAAAUCCAAGGGGAAGCCACCUGCUCAUAGUCUGUUCCUGUUUGUGCGAUAUCAGAAGUUUCAGUGUUUGCAUUCUGUGAAAUGCCUUUUUACAUCAUGCAUCUUCAGUGCUCCUUUCUUUGCCUCCCAGCUGGUCUCAACUCUAAGGUAACUUGUAAAACCUUACUGUUCAUUUAGGCCUGUUCUAUUUAAUUAUGUUACACAGAGCCCCUUUUGUGGCUUUAGUGCCUCAUUAAAAUUCUGACCCAAA